AUGCAGUCGGAUUCGGUCGCCGUCAAAGUUUCCCAGCUUCGCUUGACCAGUCAAAGGUUAGGUCAGGUCCAGGCUAAAAAUGACUCCCAGGCCAACAUCACACGUACCGACAUCGCUACCCUAUUACAGCGAGAUAAUGUUCCCCUGGCUCGCGAGAAGGCCGAGAAGUUGAUUAUGGACGAGGCGUACGGAGACCUUUUGGAGGAAAUAGAAAUGCAAAUAGGGGUGUUACUCGAAAAAUAUAAUGAAUUGGAGCGUCAGACGCCUCCAAGCCCUGUCAUGAUAGAAGCUAUAUCGACGAUAAUUUACGCUACCCCUUAUGUUCACUCUAAAGACCUUGACGCUAUAAGAAAAUAUCUAAUUGACCUCGUCGGGCCCGAUUUUGCGCGUUCUGCAGCUGGAAAUCGUGAUCAUCACGUAUCGAAGCGCGUUUUGAAAGCUAUUUCAGCGCCAAUUCCAUCUGCAUUUCAGUUGGACGGUUAUCUGGAAGAAAUUGCAAUGGCAUACGGUGUUUCGUGGAACCCAGAACCUGCUCCCCAGAAUAUUAUAAACUCUCUCUCUGAAGCUCUGGAUGUUGAGGCAAGUCCAGAGGUUGAUUUAAGAGAACUCCGACGCCUGUGCUCACAAGGUAUUCCUGACGAACCUGCGUGGCUACGUCCUAGAAUAUGGAAACUUUUCUUCGGUGUUAUUUCUAUCAAGAAAGCGAGUUGGAAGACGGAAUCACUAAAGCACAGAGAGGCAUACUAUGACCUUGUUCGCAGAUUGUUGGAACCGUUUUCUCGUGCCCAGACAAGCCACACUCCCCAUGAUGACACACUUCUUUCUGUGUAUAAACAGCUGUCUGGAUUGCCAAGGAACAUAUUUGCACUCCUUGAAGACGAACCCGAUUCAUCUCUGCAAUGUCCCCUGCACGAAAAUGCUCCAGAAUCGAUACGAAUAAUUUACGCCAACGACCUUGAAUCUCGCGUAAAGACUCUCCUACAUCAAGCCAACGACGCUUCCGACAUCACACCUACUCCUGAAAUCCGGCUAGAAUCUGAUGCUGACACUACUCCUGGUAUAUCGCUAACACCUGCUGGUGAGGAAACCGCGGAAGACAGCACGUCGACAACUCUUCUACCAUCGCGCAAAUGCCUUUUCGGAAACGCACAUCCAAAACACUGCUCCUCUCUACUCCGUCUUCUUUAUCUUCAUAGUACAAUAAAUCCUGGUGGUUUAUCCUAUCAUACAGCUUCAAUUUUGGUCCCUCUUCUUUCGGCUUUGACACAAGAAGUAGAGCUGGAUGACAUUGGCCAUGUCGAAGCUGAUACAUUCUGGCUGCUUGAAGCAGUUCUAGCAGAGUUCUCUGGCUUGGAAGACGAUGAUGGACGCGUUUGGAUGAAAAACUUUAGUGAACGUCUUGCUUGGGCAGACUUUGAGUUCUCUUCCGACUUGGAAAGUCGAAGUUUGGAUCCGGCGUUGCCUCACUAUUCAUACCGAUGGUUGAUGCCAUUACUUACUCAUACCCUACCCCUGCCUUCACUCUUUCUGACUUGGGAUGCUAUCUUCUCUCGACCUCCUAGAGAAAGAGGCUCCUAUCCCAAGCUCGAUUACCUUGUGGAUGUCUGUACGAGUAUGCUCCUCAGGUCAAAGAAUCACCUAUUUAGACUAUGGAAUACUGGACGAACAACGCGCAGCCUAUGGAGCACCGAAACUUCAGUCCAGUCUCCCGCUAACGGCCAAGACUCGUUCAUGGAAGUACUUUCUUUUCUCCAAAAUUACGACCUGAGAUAUGUGGGUGGCGUUGAGAGAAUUAUUCAGACAGCAUCUGAGCUUUAUCAUCGUCGCCAACAACAAACUGUCACCUCUCAACAGCCAUCACUUAGUCUGGGUGCGCGUCUGAAGGUGAAUAUGUGGAAAGGCUUUGGCUCGGCUCCGAAUCCCACAUAUGAUGCUUCCAGCAUUGACAAGAAGCGUGACAGCAGUGAUUAUGCAGAUGGUGACGAAACUGAGACAUCGGAAACAAUUCGCAAGACGACUUUGGCCUCUCGCGUUUCUGAUACUGUUUGGAGAGGUAUAACCAAUAGAUCUGCCAUGGACGACGAAAACCCUUCAGCCCCGCCUUCGCCAGUCCCGCCUACCUCCCCAAACACGCAUGCUGAGAAAGCCCUGAAUGUAUCAUCUUCCCCGCCCGCACAAUCUUCCAGCCUUUGGAACUACGCCGAAAAGUUGAAGGACUCUGAUGCUGUUGCGACGAUCUCCAAGGUUAGCACAAACUGGCGCGUCAAAGGCAUCUUAGGCGGGUGGGGCAUGAGCAAGCCUAAUUCUCCGACGACAUCUUCUGGAAACGAGAAAGAACCAAUACCUCACGUAGAACAGAAUAUGCAAGGAAGACGCGGCUCUCUCCCAUUUCUACAUUCGCCAACAAUGAUACCGCCUCCCUCGGCCUUGUCAUCUCCUGAUGUGGGAUUCCGGAGCCCUGAGCUAUCUCCCCCACUGCCCAAUAGUGGGUUAAUUGGAAAGACCAAGUCGCUCAUCUCUCGUGCCUCUCAACCCGCCACGCCUAAGUCAGCACCUAGGCCAUUACUCCUCGGUACAUCGACAUUUGUUACCCCCAGCCCAAGGGACUCAGUAUCCAGCAAGCACCCUCGAUCUGCGAGUACUGGUACAAGAACGCCCGAUACGGAUGAAUGGGCCGAAGUGAUGAAAGCAAAGCGACAGCAUUUCAACAGGGAUUCUCAAUCCUCUGUAUCAUCUUUGUCUCCUUCUGAUGCGUUUGGGCGGACGCCAAAGUCGACUCGGUCAGACAGGGAAUCUGACAGUUCAAGUCGUAUUGUAUCCAUCAAUCGACGCUCUGUUUCCCCAAUGGCACCCUCUUUCAGAAUCGGUCAAGCCCGCUCGUCUUCGCGAGCAUCAUCGGUUUCUUCUUCUGGGUUCAGUAGUCCACCGUUGCUGGCAAAAUCACCAUUGCAGGAGAGCAGCUUGAUUGAGGAUGAAUCUCUUGCCCAGCAAGCCAGAACUCGGCAUGUUUUGCAAUCAUUCAGCACGCUGGACACUUCACUCCAAAGCCGUUCAUAUAGCGAGAAGGAAUCUGACUCUGAUGUCACUUCCAGUGAACUACCUGUCCCUACCAGGAAGCCAUCAUGGAAGAAGAAUAUUGAAAAUAACGGCGAGUCUGAAGACACCGCGAAUUCCACCUCAGCCGGUGUCCCCGUUCGUGCUCCUAGGGUACGGUCAAAACGAUAUCCUCGUCCAGCCAACCUUCAGAUCCAAGACGAUAAAUCACCCCGGUAUGCUGCUGAGCAGAAAACCCCAAGCCCUUCUACUUUGAAAGUAGAAUGGCCCGGUGAAUAUGAGAACGUUGCGACUCCCAGGGCAACUAGUUUUGAUUCGGACGAUGCUCCAGGUAUACCCAAGUCUCCACGCCGGUCGAGAAAAAUAUCCACUGGUGACGGUGAACGCCCCCGAAAACUAUCGACAGACACAUAUAGAGAAGAGAGGCCACGCAAGCUUUCGUCAGGCAGAACCCGAAAAGUGUCAACGGAAAGUAGAGAGGUACCUCGAGCUCGAAGAGAAAGCGCAGCCGAGGAGGGUGACGACGAAGGGUAUGACGAAUUAUUGAGUGCAUACGAGAGCGAGGAUGCGCCCAACGUGUCGACGCGUUGA